ACCUGUCAGACCUGAGCUAGCAGCGCGUGUAGCCAGAGAGCAGGGCGGCUCUAGGAAGCAGGCAGGGCUCCUUGCUGGGCCUGGCUGCCUGGCCAUGCUCUGGGCACUCUGGCCAAGGUGGCUGGCCGGCAAGGGGCUGCCUCUCCUGGGGGCAGUGCUGUUGUGGAAGAGAGAGAAGAGGGGUCCUCAGUGGCAGCGGCGGGAAACCCACCCAUACUAUGACCUCCAGGUGAAGGUGCUGAGGGCCAGAAAUAUCCGGCACACAGACCUGUUGUCCAAAGCCGACUGCUACGUGCAGCUGUGGCUGCCCACGGCGUCCCCCAGCCCUGCUCAGACAAGAACAGUGGCCAACUGCAGUGACCCCGAGUGGAACGAGACCUUCCACUACCAGGUCCAUGGCGCUGUGAAGAACGUGCUGGAGCUCACCCUCUAUGACAAGGAUGUCCUGCGCAGCGACCUGCUCUCCCUGCUCCUGUUUGACCUGAGGAGCCUCACGUGUGGCCAACCCCACAGACACACCUUCCCGCUUGACCACCCGGAUUCACAGGAGCUGCAGGUGGAAUUCCUUCUGGAGCAGAGCCAGGUGCCUGCGUCUGAAGUCAUCACCAAUGGGGUCCUGGUGGCUCACCCCUGUCUGAAAGUCCAGGGCACCCUCUGGGGAGAUGGGACAACCCUGCGUCGAGAGUAUGGCUCUAGGCAGCUCCAGCUGGCAGUGCCCGGGGCCUAUGAGAAGCCACAGCUCUUGCCCCUGCAGCCUCCUGUGGAGCCAGGCCUCCCGCCCACCUUUACCUUCCACGUGAACCCGGUGCUGAGCUCCAGGCUAGACGUGGAGCUGGGGGAGAAGCUCACGGCUCUGCAGGGUGGCCCGAAUGCGGAGCCGGAGACUCGGAGCAGCAAGCUGGGCAAGGGGGGCAUCCCGCUCUCCUCUCUGCCCGUAGGCCAGGAGGAGCAGUGCUCCGUGGCCCUGGGGGAGGGCCAGGAGGUGGCUCUGAGUGUGAAGGUGGAAAUGAGCUCUGGGGACCUGGACCUGCACCUUGGCUUUGACCUCAGUGACGGGGAACAGGAGUUUCUGGACAAGAGGAAGCAGAUCGUGUCCAAGGCCCUGCAGCAGGUGCUUGGAUUAAGUGAGGCUCUGGACAUCGGCCAGGUGCCUGUGGUGGCUGUGUUGGGCUCCGGGGGCGGAACCCGAGCCAUGUCUUCCCUGUACGGCAGCCUGGCAGGGCUGCAGGAGCUCGGCCUCCUGGACGCUGUGACCUACCUGAGCGGGGUGUCUGGGUCCACCUGGUGCAUCUCCACACUCUACAAGGACCCGGCCUGGUCCCAGGUGGCCUUGCAGGGCCCCAUUGAGCAUGCCCAGGCUCGGGUCUGCAGCAGUAAGCUGGGGGCAAUGUCCACAGAGCAGCUACAAUACUACACUCAGGAACUGGGGGUCCGGGAGCGCAAUGGCCACAGUGUGUCCCUCGUCGACUUCUGGGGCCUCCUCGUGGAGUAUUUCCUGUAUCAGGAGGAAAACCCCGCCAAGCUGUCUGACCAGCAGGAGGCGGUCAGCCAGGGUCAGAACCCAUACCCCAUCUAUGCUGCCGUCAACGUCCGCACCAACAUCAGUGGGGAAGACUUUGCAGAGUGGUGUGAGUUCACCCCCUACGAGGUCGGCUUUCCCAAGUACGGGGCUUAUGUUCCCACUGAGCUCUUCGGCUCGGAGUUCUUCAUGGGACGACUGCUGCAGCUGCGGCCUGAGCCCCGGAUUUGCUACCUGCAGGGAGUAUGGGGCAGCGCCUUCGCAGCCAGCCUGGAUGAGAUCUUCCUGAAGACUGCGGGCUCCAGCCUCGGCUUCCUGGAGGGGUACAGACGCAGUGUAGACGUCACAGAUGAUUUCCAGGAGCUCCGGCUGCAUGACCCCACUCGACUACAUACGAGGCUCUUCACCCCCCAGGGCCCCUUCUCACAGGCCGUGCUGGACAUAUUCACCUCCCGCUUCACUUCUGCCCAGAACUUUAACUUCACCCAGGGCCUCUGCCUGCACAAGGACUACGUGGCUGGCAGGGAGUUCGUGGCCUGGAAAGACACACACCCGGACGCCUUCCCCAACCAGCUCACCCCCAUGCGGGACUGCCUGUACCUGGUGGACGGAGGCUUCGCCAUCAACUCUCCGUUCCCACUGGCUCUGGUGCCCCAGAGAGCAGUGGACCUCAUUCUGUCCUUUGACUACUCCCUGGAUGCCCCUUUUGAGGUCUUACAGAAGACAGAGGAGUACUGCCAGGACCGGGGAAUCCCCUUCCCUCAGAUAGAGGUGGGCCCUGGGGACUUGGAGGAGCCCCGCGAGUGCUAUCUGUUUGCCAAGGCCAAUGACCCCCGCUCGCCCAUUGUGCUGCACUUCCCCCUUGUCAACCGCACCUUUCGAACACACCUGGCCCCAGGUGUGGAGCGGCAAACAGCUGACGAGAGGGCCUUUGGGGACUUUGUUGUCAACGGGCCAGAGACCCCCUACGGCAUGAUGAACUUCACCUAUGAGCCCCGGGACUUUGAUCGGCUGGUGGCCCUGAGUCGCUACAACGUUCUGAACAACGUGGAGACUGUGAGGCGCGCCCUCCAGCUGGCUCUGGACCGGCGGCAGGCUGGGGAGAGGGCUGGGGGCUGACCCCAGCAGGGGAGGACUGUGACAGAGAGGAGAGAGCUGGGCUCUGGCCAGGGCGGUGGAGGAGGAGUGGGGGCACUUUAUGGGGCUCUGCUUCCCCUCUGUCUAGGACCUGCCUCCAGGGCCCCAGGCCGUGGAAAGUGCUUGUAGAAUUCCAGCUGCGUUUCUGGGGGAAAAUGGGGCUCCUGGGGAGGUGGGCAGAAGAGAGCAGUGCGCACGGUGCGGUGGUGUGGGCAGAAUCAGGCAGCAGUCUAGCCGCAGGGCCCACCCCAAACACAGACCUCAGGGCCCAGCUCCUCGACCCUCUCCAGAGCAGGGGCUGCAGGCUGAGGUGCCACCGCCCUCCUGACACGGGGACCCCACCCGAGCUCCUGGGGGCUGCUACCGGGAAUGCCGAGAGGCCCUGUGGGUGGGUUGCCAGUUUGCCGCUGACUCCAUCGUCCUGCCUCUGCCCCUCCCUCGCCUUCUGGCCUCCCUUGUCCCUCCUCGCAGCUCCCCCUUCUCUGCCCAGCCUCCCAGAGCCUGUGGGCUGAGGCCUUCUGGCUGGGCUCCGGCUGGUGGGGGUGCUCGUCUCCCUGUGAGCUACCCACUGCGGAUGACCUGUGCUCGCUCUUUAAAUCUGGGCCACAACCUCUGGUCACAUGUACAGCUGCCCCCUCAUGCAAAUUAGCUUCACCGUCCCCGGGAGCUAAAUGGGUGUGCCUAGAGGCACAGAGUGGAUGUGCACCUGCGGGUGGGGUGUGGCAGCUCCCAGGGAGGGCAGCCGGGCGGGGCGGGGCUGAGGGUGGGUCCAGGUAGCCCUGCCUGGGUUCCCGCCCCUUUCACAGAUGCAGCCCAUGAUCUGAGAGAGUCUCUGUUUUCCUCUACCUUUUUGUAUUUCCCCUGACCCGCCUGGGACCCUCCAGAUAUCUAGAGCCUCCCCGUGUGGGCAGGUUUAAGAUUUGUGCGAGGAGAUCUGCUCUGACCAGGCCCUCUCCAUCUGGCCUUCGCCCCUGCAGCGUCCUCACCCCACCGCCCGGUGUGCAGCCGCUGGGCCCUGCAGUGGCCUGGCUGCCUCACACGCCUGAGCUCCGGCAGCUUCUGCCCCUGAGCCCAGAGUGCCCUAUCUGGCUGCGUGGCCUGCUCCUCCUUCUCACAUACAAAUAUGCUGUCUGAGACCAAAGUCACAGUUCCUCUUUCCAUCAGGGACAUGUAUGCUGGGAGGCCUCACCAGUCCUGAUUCUGAGAAGACCCUAGUUCGUGUUCCCAGCUGGGAGGAAGGUGGCGGGAGCCUGGCCUGGGACCCUGGCCCUCCAGCUGACGCAAGCUGUGAGGGCUGGACAGCCAGUGCUUUGGUGGCAUGGGCUGGGGCGGCUUGGUUCUCUCCUGCCUCUUUGUCACUGCUGCCGUUGCAGUCCACCACCUUUGCCUCUUGGCUCAGCAGCGAGAGGUCUACUGCGGGGAGCAGCCCUAGGCUGGCCCCUGAGCUCCUGCUGUGGACAUUGUUGUCACCACUGCUGUGCCUGCCAUCAUCAGUAACUUAUUUGAACCUUCGUAGAGUUCACAACUUGGAACGGCACAGAGUUCUUAGAACUUGGAACUCAGAGUUCACAGAAUUCUUAGAACUUCACAGAAUUCACAGCUUAGAAUCUGCAGUCAGUCUUCAGUGCCCCCCAGGCUGACUCUGGCCCUGGGGGUGUCAGGCCCCAAGAGCAGGGAUUUUUGUCUUUUUGUUGUUGUUCACUGCUGUAUCCCCAGUGCCUAGAGUGCCUAGGUGCUCGGUAAAUAUUUGACAAAUAAAUGAAUGGGAACCCACGUUCUAUGAGAUGGCUUAUCACCUGCCAACCAUGAAAAGGUGAGCAACACGCUACUCCAGUGGCUCUUGACCCAUUUGGACCUUUUGAAAGUGUCCAGGCAGGGCAUGUUCCUUGUCCAUAUCCCCCACUCGGCCCCUCUGGACCGUGGAAACUGAGGCUUCUGCAGUGAGGCCCAUGUGGUCCUUGGCCUGUGUUUCAGCUGAUUCAAGUUGGUACCACCAAAGCCUCCUCUCGUCCUGCCUCCCUCUGGCCCUCCAGUGCCUCUGCCUUCCUCCUCCCCCCACGCUCUCCUGGGCUUCCCAAACACUGCGGGAUUUUCUGGGGGUACCUCAAGGCCCCUGAAGGCAUGUAGAUUUCCAGUUCCUUCUUGAGUACCAGGUAAAAGCUGUGGUCCCUCCCGUCCCUUCCCUCCCCACUGACCUUGCCAUCCUUUGGUUUCAAACAAAUCGUCCUCUGGAGAAGUUUCCAAGGAAGUCCUGAGUCUUGAGACACACUUGUUUUAUGCUGAACUGUGCCUUUUCUCUCCCCUCUCCCCUUUCCUGCUUUCUGAUUCAAGGCUCUUCCGCUCUCCCCGUCUGCUGCGUCGAAGGCUAUGCAUUCUGCUUCUAGUAUUCUGGUGGUUCCUCUUGACAAUUUCAUUGACAUACAAUUUACAUGUGAUAGCAUGCAUCCAUUCUAAGCGUUCUCUAAGUGUAUAAGUGUAGAGUUCAGUGAAUUUUGACAACUUUACAUAUACCUGUAAAUACCACCACAAUCAAGAUAUGGAACAUUUCCAUCACCCUAGAAAGUUACCUUGUGUUCCAUCCCAGUCCAUUUCCCCAGCCCUGGUCCCAGGUGACCACCGGUCUGCUUUCUGUCGCUACAGGCUAGAUUUGUCUUUUCCAGAGUCUCACAUGAUGGAAUUAUGUAGAAUAUACUCUUGUGUGUCUGGCUUCUCUCACUCAACAGAACACCUUUGGGAUUCAUCCAUGUUGUGUUCAUUCCUUCUUAUUACUGGGUAGGAAUUAUGUGGAUAUACCACAAUCUGUUUAUUCAUUCCCCUACUGAUAGGAAUUUGGGUUAUUUCCAGUUUUUAGCUUUCAUUAAGCUCUUAAUACUUACACAUGUAUUUUUAAAACAACCCAUUUAAGAAGUCAGUCUCUAUUUUCUCUCCCCAAUGAGAAAAACAUCUCAGUGCACUCCCAGUUCCCUACGCUCUUGCCCUGCACACUGCCCCCCACCCAGCCCAGCCACCUGGAACUUUAUUUCCAGCGUAUUAAAAACUUCAACAUAGAAACUUUUAUUUGCACUUUCAACAUUUUAUUGAUUUAUUUGCUUUUAAUGAGGGACUGUGAAUGGCAAAGUCUGAGUCUUGUAAGUCUGGAGUUGUCUUUUCUUGCCCUGUGACUUAUGAAUCACAGCCUGGAUGAGUAUGGAAUUCUUGGUUCAAACUUACAUUUACUCAGGUAUUAGUGCCUUCGUGCAUCUGGUGUUGCUGAUGGGCAGUGUGAUGGCAGUAGAUUCUCAUUCCAUUGUAGGUAAUUUGUCUUUCCCUAAUUUUUAGGACUUUGAUUUUCAAAAGUUUAAUUAUGAUUUUUCUAAAGUAUAACUUAAAUAUCAGCGAGCUUUUUCAAUUUCUAGAUUCAUGUCUUUUUGAAGCUCUAAGAAAUUAUUUGCCAAUUUUAUCAAAACUGCUCUUUAUUCUCUCUUUCUGGAAUCUGCAUUAAACAGAUAUAGGAAUAGCUGAACCAAUCCUCUGUAGACCUAAACUUUCUCUUUACACAUUCCAGCUUUUCAUUGUGCUGCAUUGUGGAGUUUUUCUUGGCAUAAUUAUCCAGUUCAUGAAUACAAUCUUCACCUGUGUCCAGUCUGCUCCUUGAUUUGUCUUUUGGGGUUUUUUGGUUUAACGUUACUAUCACAUUUUCCAUUUUAAGUUCUCUAAUAGGAUCUUUUCCAAAACUACCUGUUUUCAUUGCACAGAUAGGUUUCGCUCUUUUAAAUCUGAUGAUGUUAAUAUAUGUAUUUUAAGGCAUUUUUAUUAUUGUUUCAUGAAUGGUUUCCUUGGGGUAGGUUUUUUGUUGCCUCUCUUUCAUGGACUCUGCCUUCUUUAUGUAUUUGGCGAUUGGUGGUUGUAAUCUCGGCUGUGAAAGAGUUCUGUGCAUGCCCUGGGCUGUGAUGGCUCCUGGCCACCAGUCGCUGGCCAUGCAGUGGCAAUGGUGGCCUGCAGGUGGCAGUGUGGGACCCAGGGAGGAGGCUGAAGCUAUGUCAGUGUGGGACUGUCACAGCCUUGAAGUGACCCUGCAGUCUCUGGGUACUGAAUAGGUGGCAGCUGUGGCGUGGAGGGCACCUGAUAGAGUGGCAGCCAUGCGUCCCGCUGAGGCUGCUUGUUGACCUCCUCCGUUUAGGGCUGCCUCUGAGUUUCUGACUUAUGAAAAGUUCCCUUUUUUGUUUUGAAUCAUGGGUUAUGAAUCUAUUAACCUAUGUUUAUAUCUUUUCCAUUAUUAAUAUGAUGAGUUUGGUGUGUAGGGGGUGCUACCCUUUGGAUGUUUUUCCCCUCCAAAUCUCAUGUUGAAAUCUGAUCCCCAAUGUUGGAGGUGGAGCCUAGUGGGAGGUGUUUGUGUCGCGGGAGGUGGAUCCCCCAUGAAUGGACUAAUGCCCUUCCCGGAUGGGGGUGGGUUCUCACUCUGUUAGUUCCCACCAGAGCUGCUGGUUAAAAAGAGCCUGGCACUCCCUCCCUCCGCUUCCUCUGUCACCAUGUGAUCUCUGCACAUGCCAGCUCCCCUCUGCCUUCUGCCAGGAGCGGAAGCAGCCUGAGCCCUCACCUGAAGCAGAAGCAGGUGCUGGUGCCACGCUUCUCGUACAGACAGCCCACAGAAUGUGAGCCAAGUAAACCUCUUUUCUUCAUAAACUACCUGGCCUCAGGUAUUCCUUUAUAGCAACACAAAUGGACUAAGACAGGGAGUAAGUAGAAUAUUACAAAGGAGAAGUCCUGGUUUCAAGAUGAACAACACAGAGGACAGAACAAGAUCCCUGUCAACAUUUUUUUUUAAAUUAACUAUUUUCAAUGACACAGUAAAUUUUCUGAAGUUUUUAAAGAAAUAAUUUAGGUUAAAUUAUUAUAUAAUACAUCUAAAAUAAUUAAGACAUUUUAGGUAUUGUUUUACAAAUUUUAUUCUACCAAUAUUUGAGUUGUUUAAUUACUUAUGUGUUUUAUUAAUCCCCAAGUUGCACCAUCAAUCUGGACUGACAUCCACUCUUCCACUGUACCAGUUGAUCUGAGGGUGAACACAUACGAGAAUAAGGAGCCUCUUAAGCUGAGAGCUGCCAGGCCUCUCAAAGGCUCUCGGAGGCCUGCUCACAGGUUGCUGGGAGGGUGAAAGGAACUAAGGUGUGGAACGUGCUGAGCGCAGUGGCUGGCACACUGGGAAUUUUCAGUACGUUGUGGUUAUUAUUUUGCACAGGGUGCUGAUUGCUCUAAGCUGCCAAGAAGGAGUAGCCUCUUGGCUGGUCCUAAAUGACACAGUCCUCAUCACUGCCCCCUCCCUGCCAGGUGCAUUCUGCUGAGCAGCUCGGCUCAGAACUGGGCUUGUGGCUGCCACACUUGGGGAGGGGAGGUUGUGCUGCCAGGGUAACCAGGCCUCUGGUCUCAACACUCCCCUAGGCCGGGGGAGGACCUGACCUUCUGAGAUGUUUCGUAGGACUCACUCCUUGUCUGUCCCAUGGAUCUGCCUCAUCUCCCUCUGUCACCUCCUAGCCUGGGAGGAGGUGUUCCACUUUUGUGUGUCCUCAUGUGUACACGCCUGUGCUUUCUUUUCUUUUGUGAGCUGUGGCAGGGUUGUGCUGACUGGCAUAAAGAGAUGAGGAAAAAGCUCUCAGUGUAGGAGCCACCCAGGGGGUGGAGUCCCAAAUGUCUCCAUAGAUCCCUGCUUUGCUGAGGUUGGAAGAUUCAAGGUCCCAUCCCAGUGUGAUUGUUACUGCCACCACCCAGGGAGCAGGCAGGCAUCUUUGUCAAGAGCUGGGCUUGGAGUGCAGCUGGAGCCAGCGCAGGCGGGGCCUGUGGCCUAGAGCAGGGCUUCCCAGCCACUGGCUGCCGUACUAGGAUAUUCCUGAAUGGGAGACAAAGCUCCCCCGCCCUCAAGGUGGCUGGAAGGGCCUGGGCUGUCAGGAGCUGCUAGGUUUUGAAUGGUGGUAUCCCCUCCAAAAUUCAUGUUGAAACUUAAUUCCCAAUUCAACAAUAUUAAGAGAUUGGGCCUUUGGGAAGUGAUUAGGUCAUGAGGGUCAAGCCCUUAUGAGUGGGAUUAGUGAUCUUUUAAAAGGGCUUAGUUCGCCCCUUUCCUCCCUUCUGCCAUGUGAGGACACAGGGUUCCUCCCCUGCAGAGUAUAAAGCAACAGGGUGCCAUCUGGGAAGCAGACAGCAGCCAUCAUCAUACAACCUGCCAGUGCCUUGAUCUUGAACUUCCAAGCCUCCAGAAUUGUGAGAAAUAAAUUUCUGUUCUAAAUUGCC